AUGGAGGAGGGGAAGGCACACCCAACUGAAUUCUCGGAAAAACUUUCUAUUCUACACGCGUGCUUAAAGUUAGGGGACAUUGAGCGCGCAGGGAAAAUUUGGCAGAAUCUACACGACAUAGCACCGAACGACAUGAUUCAUCUAUUAAAUAUCAGUGUGCAUAAUGCAUUUCUUGAAGCUCUCGUGGAAACUUCUGAGCCAGCAUAUUAUGAGACGGCUUUAAGGUGGCUGGACGAGUUGGACGGAUAUGGAUUGAAACCUGAUAUGAUGACAUUUACCAUUUUGAUACGGGGAUUUUUGAGGUUUAUCAUUUCGCUCAGAUUUCUUCCCAAUCUGAUUUUUCAUCCGGUGGCAACACACCAGCUAUGUCUAAAAUUGAAUUCGGAAAUUAAAGGAUUGUCUUUGCUCAAAGCCAUGAUUUACGAGAUGGAACAGAACGGAUUCACCAUUGAGCAAUUGGUGAAAAGUCGUUUGUUGCUUGAUGAAGAUAUUGUGCAAUUAAUUGAGUUGUUCGUAAAUGAAGAGGAUCCCGACCGUGAUUCUCAUUUCCUUUUGGAUAAAUUAACGGGGCUUCACAAAUCCGAGCGAAACACCGUCACCCCUGUUCAAAGCAUUGAACAAAUUCCUGUGGUAAAUGGUGAAUCCGCUUCCGCGGUUCCUGGGUCACCACCGGUUCAAAGUUCUACAAAAGUGGCAAUUGGAGUAAAACUCAUGAAAUCUACAUUAGGAGCCCUCAAAGAGACUCAGUUAUCCGAAUAUGAACGUCAAAUAAGGCUAGAGGAAAAUGCAUUACACGCCGCAAUAGAACGUUGGAAAUACGAACACGAGCAAAUGCGUAAAGUUGGAAAACAAAGUUCCGGAUUCCCGAGCAUAAAGAAGUACAUGUGGGAUUGGCAUGAAACUCUGGUUCCUAUGAUUGAGGAUGAGUUGAAGAAGUGCAGGGAUCCCAGAGGUGGACUAGAACGCGCGCAAUAUGGUCCAUUCUUGCAAUUGCUAAGCGCAGACAAGCUGUCGGCCAUCACCAUCAUGGAGAUGAUGCGCCAAAACAGUGCCGGUGGUAUCAUAGACGGGAUGAAAACCACUCGUGGUAUAAUGGCAAUUGGUAAAGCUGUAGAAAGUGAAUACAACAUUAGCAGGGACUUGAACAUUCAAGAGCUUUUUGCUUCGGGAAAACUAUUCAACAUGACUAUUCGACGCGCCGCGGCGAGAAUUGAGAGAGAAGAUUUGGAUACCACCUGGAAGCCAGAGUGGCCACAAGUUGUUCGAGCCAAGAUUGGCUCCGUAUUGGCUGCGAUGCUUAUCGAAGUUGCCAAACUUCAAGUUUCCACGAUCGAUGCCAAUGGCAAGAAAAUUACGGAAAUAGUACCAGCCUUCUUCCAUUCUUAUGAGUACAGUAGAGGGAAAAAAAUCGGUGUGAUCAAGCUCAACCCUCAGCUUAUAAAGUUGCUUUCGGCAGAAUCCAUAGGGGAACACUUACAUCCUCGCAUGUUGCCAAUGUUGAUUCACCCAAAGCCUUGGUUGACUUACAACAGCGGAGGCUACUUUACAUCUCCAACUCUAGUCAUGAGGACAAAAGAGUGCCCCGAACAAAUUGCAUACUUAAAAAAAGCAUCCGAGCUGCAAUACUUGGAACGCGUGUUUGCAGGUUUGGAUGUAUUGGGUUCCACAUGUUGGACUAUAAACAAGAAAGUAUACGAUGUCGUCAUCGAAAUAUGGAACAGUGGUAAGGGUAUGGCCAACAUUCCUCCCGUCGAUCUCAACUUGGAAAUGCCCGAAAAACCUCCGGACUUUGGAACAAACCUUAUAUCGAAAGUUCAUUGGAUGAAAACUUGUAAGGACAUCACCCAAAAGAUCCGUAAUAACUAUGGUCUUAGAUGUUCCGUGAAUUACAAGGUGGAUAUCGCCGGCGCU